CCGAAGCCUGGAGCCGAGAGCUUCUUCUGGGUCUCCCUCAUCCUGUCACCCAGAAGGCAUGCACCCAAGGGUCCUGCGGAAGAGGCGCAGAGGGCCCCAGUGAUGCUCCCGAGCCGGCUGUGAGGGCUCUCUGGGAAUCAUGCAGCCGGCAGGACACAGGCUGCGGGAUGUGGAGCAUCACCCUCUCCUGGCUGACAGCGACAACUACGACUCCUCAUCCUCCUCUUCCUCCGAGGCCGACCUGGCCGACAGGGUCUGGUUCAUCCGCGAUGGCUGUGGCAUGGUCUGUGCCGUCAUGACGUGGCUCCUGGUCGUCUACGCGGACUUCGUGGUGACGUUCGUCAUGCUGCUGCCCUCCAAGGACUUCUGGUACUCUGUGGUCAAUGGCGUCAUCUUCAACUGCCUGGCGGUGCUCGCGCUGUCCUCGCACCUGCGGACCAUGCUCACUGACCCCGGGGCGGUGCCCAAGGGCAAUGCCACGAAAGAGUACAUGGAGAGCUUGCAGCUGAAGCCGGGCGAGGUUAUCUACAAGUGCCCCAAGUGCUGCUGCAUCAAGCCGGAGCGCGCCCACCACUGCAGUAUCUGCAAACGGUGCAUCCGCAAGAUGGACCACCACUGCCCGUGGGUGAACAACUGCGUGGGGGAGAAGAACCAGCGGUUCUUCGUGCUCUUCACGAUGUACAUAGCGCUGUCCUCGGUCCACGCGCUGAUCCUUUGCGGGCUGCAGUUCAUUUCCUGUGUCCGAGGGCAGUGGACUGAGUGCAGCGACUUCUCUCCUCCUGUUACUGUAAUCCUGUUGAUCUUCCUGUGCCUCGAGGGGCUUCUGUUCUUCACCUUCACGGCCGUCAUGUUUGGCACCCAGAUCCACUCCAUAUGCAACGACGAGACGGAGAUCGAGCGGCUGAGGAGCGAGAAGCCCACGUGGGAGCGGCGGCUGCGGUGGGAAGGGAUGAAGUCUGUCUUCGGGGGUCCCCCCUCACUCCUCUGGAUGAACCCCUUUGUCGGCUUCCGACUGAGGCGGCUGCAGCUGAGACCUAGGAAAGGCGGCCCAGAGUUCUCUGUGUGAGACCACCGCUGGCCUGGGGCUCGGCAACAUUCCGUUACUCGCUUGGGGCCUGCAGGGGGCAAGUGAGUGCCAGCAGACGCCUGGCAGCGUGGACUGGCCCGAGUAUCCUAUGCCACAGCCACACGUUGGGCCCUCCUGCAGCCCGUUGCUGCUGAGCAGGCCUGCAUUUAGGACGUUGGGUGGGAUCUCAGAGUGAAAUCCUUGUACUGAGCUGCUGCUUUCCGUCCUGAAGAGAACAAAGUCCCAGGAACCGGAAGCCUCCACGUUGGGGUGUCCCUGCUGCCCUGGGUGAGCCGCCGGCCCGGGACCUCGGGGCUCUGGGAGCCCUAAACUGCACUGAGCGGCAGGCCCAUCCUGCUGCACUCCCCGCUGCCCACAGAGGAGGCUGUGUGUGUGCUGUGCGUGUGCGUCGAGAUGGGCAGUGUUGUUCCGGCGCUGUGACAGCCGACAAGCUGGCUUCUAGAACAUGCUGCUGCAGGGCGGGGCGGGGCGGACCUCCCCUCGUGCCCACCCGAGUGCCUCCAUCCGAGUGGCAGUCAUGUGCUGCUUGCCGGCAGGUUUCUAAGACGUGGGAGUGUGUGGGGGCCUUGGAACAGCCAAAUGAGCAACAGCACCACGGGGCUCACCUCACAUGGCGCAGCGUCGGGGGUGAGGGUGGCUUGCCUCUGCCCAGGUCAGGAUGCCAGCAGCUUGGCGUUUACUUUUGCUUGUCUCUGCACAGCCCAGGUGAUAAACAGGACCCUUGGUGGGGAGCUGAGAAAUCCGAGGUCCGGUGGCUCCCCUCCUCGGGCACUUGCCUUAACUCGCCUGGUCCGUGCUGUUCCCCCAGCUGCCCCGCAGUGGCUGUGGCACAUUCCAGGGUCGUCCUCUGUGCUCCCCGUGGCACAGCAGGCUGAGGUCUCCCUCCUGGGAACAUGACCCCACAUUCUGCUCUGGCCAGGGCUUCGGCCACUGCCGGACAUGCAGACCAGCCGAUGGGACCAGCAGGCCACGGCGGAGGGACCCAGGAGCCGGAGGGGCUGCCGGCGAUGGUUUCGCAUCUUCACUCGCACACCUGUCCCCUGGGCUGUGGCCUGAGGCUCCUCCCUCAGUGCCCUGUUGAGUAGUCUUGAGCCUGGGCAUGAGGGUGCGCACCCAGGAGACACGACUUGUCAACCUCUUCUCAGUGUAUCUUUUAUAUGGAAUAAAGUCACCCGUUGACGCUCUCA